AUGACUACGCGGCGCGUGGGCUUGGAGACAGUACACCCCAGGGGCACUUCUUGCCGAGCGGGAUCGUGGAACCGACGAAACUCGGCUGAUCCGUGGAACCGACGAGAUCAGCUCUUAAAAAUAACCCGAAACCGAUCAGUACGGGUCAAUAUAAUCUCAAAAGGGGAAGCCCAACACACCACGGACAAUUGCAUGUCGCUCCCGCGCGGAGCGACAUCUGGGGGUUUCAUUGGGGGUUUCGUGCGCAGUCACUGCGCCUACUGCCGCAGUCACGCACGCGGAUUCGUCAAGUCGUCAAGGUUCCCCCUUGACCGGCAGGUCCAUCUGGCCACCCGGGUUCGACUCCCACUGGCUUCCUUUUUGAGGCCCCCGCCGUUUCUGCAACUGCAGCCCUACCCGAACUCACGUCGGCUCCUCGGGGCAACUUCUGAGGGGGUGAAGGAGUUAGAAUUAUGGGUACCUUUGGCUGAGGUACUCUAG